ACCGGCCCCUCAUAAUACUCUUCCCCUCUCGCGAUUUGGGUACUCCCCUCUCGCCUCCGCGCACAGGUUUCCUCCCCCUCUCCUCUCUCCUCCUCCUCCGCUCCAGGGAGAGAGAGAGAGAGAGAGAUACCUGCUGCGACCUCGAGUAUCAUUUCGUGAACACACAAAGAGUGUUGAUUUGCUGAACAAGUGCAGUGGUCAAGAUGCCUGCACUGAGAAUGAAGAGGAUGCUUGAAGAUACUGAUUUUGCUAAUGAGUUCAGCACCAAGGCCGUUAAAUCCAUGAAAAUUUCGCAUUUUCAUGUCAGUGAGUUACAGCAGUCCGCUCUGCUGAACUCGGCAGAUGAAGCUCCUCUAGAUGAGUCGGAUCCAACUAUUCAGCUUGGUGACCAGGAUAUUAGGAUAAUGGAAGCUUCUGGCUUGCAUGAUCUGCAUGGAGGGAAAUCCAUUGGUGUGUUCAAGGAUUUAACAUCUGGGGUGGAAGUUUCACCAAAUACCGAGGCUGAUUCCUCUGCUAAUUAUUAUGACAAUGAGUCUCUGUUACAUGUACUAAAUUAUGUAAACAAAGAGUUUGCAGAUGAAGGUGUAGAUUGUUCAGCCCAGAAUUUCUGUGCUGUUGGUAAUCAUGAGGCAAGCUGGGGUCCGAAUCAGUGUUGCAACCUGCUGGAUAUUUGCAGUUCAGAUGAUGAUUUCCGUUUCUUGCUGGAUAAUCCAACCGAUCUUCCUAGUUAUACUGGAUUUUGUGACGAAAUUGUAUCGAUUGAUGCAUUGAUGAAAGUGAGCAGCAGAUGUGGUGUGUUUCCACUUAUUGACAGCGCCUCAGAAGCCAGUGUUGAUAAUAAGCCAUGCUCAUCUGAGGUGGAUUUGUGCUUUAGUAAUUCUGAGGUGUUAGAGUGGCUUAAUCCACACCUAUCCGAAGAGGAUUUACCAGAUCUUGUUGAUUUUGCUGAGUUGGCUUCAAAUGAUGUUCCUGCAAUAAAAGAGCAAGGGACCAGGAAGGUCACACUUGUACUUGAUUUGGAUGAAACCCUUGUUCAUUCAACUAUGGAGCAAUGUGAUGACGCUGAUUUCACUUUUCCUGUGUUUUAUGAUAUGAAAGAGCAUGUGGUGUAUGUGAAAAAGAGACCACACGUCCACAUGUUCCUCCAAAAGAUGGCUGAGAUGUUUGAGGUAGUGAUAUUCACAGCCAGCCAAAGUGUGUACGCAAACCAGUUGCUUGACAUGCUGGAUCCAGAGAACAGACUUUUCUCCAAGCGAUUUUUCCGGGAAUCAUGUCUAUUCACAGACAGCGGCUACACAAAAGAUCUGACUGUUGUUGGAGUUGACCUUGCGAAGGUUGCCAUAAUUGACAACACUCCACAGGUUUUCCAGCUCCAAGUGAACAAUGGUAUACCAAUAGAGAGUUGGUAUAACAACCCUGCAGACGAGGCGUUACCUCAGUUGAUCCCUUUCCUGGAGAUCCUUGCUGUCGCGGAUGACGUCCGGCCUAUCAUUGCCAAGAAGUUUGGCAACACUAUAGAUAGUUGCUUAAGUUUUUGAAUAAGUUUAGAGUUAGUCUUGUUUGAUCACAUAGUGGAACAAGAACCUACAUGACAUGUUAACAGGACUAGUGGGACUUGAUUUUCUCUUUACAGCAAGUUGGUUUCAUAGGAUGAAGAGUCUUGAUGCGGGGCAAUUUCUUAGAACUGUACAUAUCCUCAAUUUUGUUUUUGUUUUUGUCUUUGUACAUAGAAUGCUACUGGAAAUGAAAGACUGAAAGUGAAUCUCCUUGCAAAGUUU